AUGGAGAUAGAGAUCAAGGCUUUUAAUAAUGUUCCAAGUUUUGAGGAUUGGACCAAAGUGGAAAAUGUCUGUCAAAUUUUGGCAGUUUUUAAUGAGGUUACAAACAUUAUCUCAAUAACUGAGUAUCCAACUGCUAACUUAUUCCUUCCUGAGGUAUGGAGAAUAAAAGAGGUGUUGAACAAGAAGUCUCUUGACCUAAAUGAUUACAUACGAGCAAUGGUUGUGAAGAUGAAUACAAAAUUUGAUAAAUAUUGGGGGGAAUAUAAUUUGCUUAUGGCAGUGGCUGCUGUUUUGGAUCCAAGGUUCAAGAUGAUGCUAGUUCAAUUCUGUUUUCCAGUAAUUUAUUCAGAACCCGAAGCCACUAAAAACAUAGACACCAUCUUGAGAAUCUUAUAUGAGCUGUAUGAUGAGUAUGCUGAAGAUUAUAAUUUAGCUAAUGUGGAGUCGAGUGGACAUGAAAAUGCUCGAGACAUAGGUUCUUCUUGUAGUGGCUCUAUCAAUUUUGUGGGGAAGAAUGUGAUGAGUGGCAAGUCUAUAUUUGAAUCAUUCGUUAGAAUGAAUGAUACCAUUCAUCCAGUAAAAUCUGAUUUGGAUGUUUAUUUAGAGGAAUAUGUUUAUAUUUGUAGUGAGGAUUCAGAUUUACAUUUUGACGCCUUGGAGUGGUGGAAGGUUAAUGAUCUAAAAUACCGCAUUUUAUCUAAGAUGGCACGUGAUAUUUUGUCAAUUCCAAUUACUACAGUGGCUUCAGAAUCUACAUUUAGUGCUGGUGGUAGAGUAAUUGAUCCUUAUCGCGCAUCAAUGUCUGUUGAACCAGUAGAAAUGUUAUUAUAUGGAGCUGACUGGGUUCGGGUAUUUCAUGGUUUGAAAAAAUCAUCGAAUAGAGAAGAACCAACUUAUGAGGAGAUUUUACUGCCUUGA